AUAUGCAAAUCGUUGAUACUCCUGGAUUCAAGGGCACCGGAGUUCUUCAUUGCAAGCAAUGUCUAAAGCUAUGGCAGAGAGACAUUAACGCCGCUAUUAACAUGAUGACUAUAUCUCAAGCAGUUUGGUCCGGAGCUGGAAGACCCGACGUUUUCAAGCCAGCGAAGAAUAAGAAAGUAUCGCCGUAAUAAACACGGUUUUCCUUAUAUUUAAGGAUUUAGAUCAUUACAGGUGAGGAAUAGUACCGUUAUUUUUU